UCAGACAAGAUGCUUAUCCUCCGCUGGGCUUGGUACUUUGAGAUUACACUGCUUCUAUUUCAUCUACCAGAUCAGAGUGGGGCAGAACCUAUAACUCUGUCGGUAUCUUUGGGAGGAAAAGUCAUCAUGCUGUGCAAGGUCUCACUUACUGAUGUAAGCCAAAUUAAUUGGAAGAAAGAAGGGUUACUCUUUUUCAGUUACUUUAACAAUACAACUUUUCAAACCACAACUGACGAAAGAUGGAGAUUUGCCCCUACACAACUGGAGAUUACUGAUGUACGACAGUCUGAUGAAGGGAGCUACACCUGCGCUGUAACUUUGUUAUCUGGUGUAUAUUCAAGAGAAUGGAGACUUCGGAUUGAAGAGCAGAGUGGGGCAGAACCUAUAACUCUGUCGGUAUCUUUGGGAGGAAGAGUCAUCAUGCUGUGCAAUGUCUCACUUACUGAUGUAACCCAAAUAACUUGGAGGAAAGAAGGGUUACUCUUUUUCGGUUACUAUAACAAUAACACUUUUCAAACCACAACUGACGAAAGAUGGAGACUUACCCCUACACAGCUGGAGAUUACUGAUGUACGACAAUCUGAUGAAGGGAACUACACCUGCGCUGUAACUACAACAUCUACUGAAUUUUAUAUAGAAUGGAGACUUCAGAUUGAAGGGGUGAAGACCACAAACAAAGCCCUUUUGGAGAGUGAAGUUUUUUUGUCUGUACUCCGAGGAGCGAUAUUUAUUUCAGUGCUUGUGUUCGUCCACUGUGUGAUAAAAAAAUGUAGUGGAAGAGUGCUACUGUGUGCUCAUGGACAGAGGUGACAGUGAGGAGGGAGGUGAAGACCGACAGUGGAAACAGAAACAGUAAAGGAACAGACUGAAUUAGGACACCAUACAAACAGGAAACAUUAGAAAGCACAUGCUGUUUUACAGAGCAUGGUCUGAAGGUUGGGUGGCUUGGUGACGCAGUGGUCAACAUUUCUGCCUUGCAGUACUGGGGUCCUGGGUUAAAUUCAGGACCUGGGGUGCUAUUUGUGAGUUUGUACAGUAUGUUCUCUCCACAUUCGUGUGGGCUUCCUUUGGGUGCUCCAGUUUCCCACCAUGGUCCAGUGACAUACUCUUAGGUUGAUUGGCUUCUGAGAAAAUUAGCCUUGGUGUGAUUGCAUGUUUGUGUCCAUAUCCCUGUAAUGAACUGGUGUCCUGCCUUGUGCCAUUGCUUUCUGGCAUAGGCUCCGGUCACCUGAAUUGCAUAAAGUGAUGGGAAAAUGGACAGAUCUUAAGCUUGUGGGACCCAUGGCUUCAGCUAAUAAGUGUAUUUUAUACAUUUGUUAAGUGAUUAUGUUUGACUUAUUUCAAACAUAAUCACUAUGAAAAAUUUCAUUCUGUCAGUUUUUCUGUCAUCCUGCAAAUACCUUACAUAUGUAAAUUUGUUUUUGUUAUUUUAUUUAAUUUUCUCAUAAAGUGGAAUUGAAAAACCUUCAAACAUAGGCUCAAAUCAACUUUUUCCUCAAAUCAAAAAAAAAUUGAUAGGCUGCAAACAGUAAUCCUGCAUGAAAUGAAUAAUCCCAUAUCUCUAACAAGAUUCUGCACAGUAGAUAUUAAUUGAAAAAUCUGCAGAAAAAAAGCAUUAUGUACAGUACAUGUUGAAAUUCGAUUUUUUUCUUUUAGAAUCAUUAUACAAAGGACUAAGAUUUUGAAAGCAGUGAGCAAUGUGAGUGUUUUUUUUUAUUUCAGGCUAGGGGUAAUGGGUGGUUAUGAAUAUUUGUUGGACACGCUUCUCUUGAUCAACUGUAGUGGACUGAAAAAAAUAUGUUAACCACAUCCUGAGUGAGCAGUAUGACAUUCAAAUUACUUUGUAUUUUCAAGCGUUUCCUCAAAACUAUAUUCCUGUUCAGUACCUCAGUAACAAUAACCUGCAUGUCAAUGGAAAUUUAGAAACUGCUGAAGACCAUUGUUCAGAAAGUUUUUUUUGAGUGUGUUAUGUGUAGACGUGCUCUUUAAAAGGUAAUGAAAAGGACUGUGGUAAAUAAAUAUUGAAAUGUUUUUCAUGUGUUUUCUGAAAAUUAUUGUAACAAUACCAAAACAUUUCAAGCAAUGCAACCAAUGCCUAUUUGUUGUGUGAAAUUUAUCACUUAAAUACUGUGGAAUGGAACUAAUGUACAUCCUCACACCUGAAGAAGGCUCCACGGCCGAAACGUUGUGUUCUCUUUCUUCUUUUUUUCAGCAUGGAAUAAACCUAUUACUUGUUCCUAAUGUACAUUUAACACCUAUAUCUACUGUCUUUUCCUAUCUUCUGCAGAAAAGGCUUUCCCAGUUUUGCUUUCAAAUAUAAAGACAGAUUUUUUCUUCUUCAAUAAAGAAUGAAUGAAUGCAUUUCUAAUACAUAAA